CAAAUGAUAUGGCUGCUUCAGCUGAUAUUUUCAACUCAGAAACAGGUUUUGCAAUAUGAGAAAAGUCGAAAAGUCAACAAACUUAGGUUGACGUGUGAUGGAGGAAAUGGCUGCUUCAGAUUAUAUUUCCAACUCAGGUGUAAAUGUCCCUCCAAACCAUUUAAGAAUAGUGAUGAUUGGUGGUGCCAGUUCUGGUAAAAGCUCAUCGGGAAACACCAUACUAGGAAAAAAUGCAUUUGAUGUAACUAAAAUAAAACAAAGAGCAACCACAUGCACCAAAAUAAGCCACAGUGUCUUUGAAGGAAGGCGUCUCAUGGUGGUAGAUUCUCCCGGGUGGUUCUACACCCACAGCCUUCAGGACACCAAUGAGAUGGACAAAUUGGAAAUUGAGAAGAGUGUGAAUCUCUGUGCUCCAGGACCACAUGCUGUUCUGCUGGUUAUUCCUUUGAUAAUAGAUAUCAAUGCUCCAUAUCUUACUGUUGUCCAGGAACACAUGAGUAUGUUUAGAGAAGAAAUCUGGAAACACACAAUUGUUCUGUUUACUGCAAGAGACUGGUUAGGAGUGAAGACUGUGGAGGAGCGAAUGAAGAGUGAUGAAGGUCUGCAGUGGAUAGUGAACAGGUGUGAGAACAGGUAUCAUGCCCUGAACAACAAGGAUGACAGUGAUAAGACUCAGGUGAAGGAGCUCAUUGAGAAGAUUGAAGAAAUGUGGACAGGAAAUGAAGAUCCUUAUUAUAAGGUGGAUCUGGGUCGAGCAGCACACAUAGAAGCUGAGAAAGAGGCUGGAGACAAGAUGGCUAUUAGGUUGAAGAAGAUCAAGGAGAGACAAUUGAGAGUAAUAAAGGAGCUGUAUGGAGGUGAGAGACAUCUACUCACUGGGAUCAGGAUUAUUCUUGUUGGGCAGAAAUGUUCAGGAAAGAGUGAAGUUGGAAAUCUGAUCCUUUCCAAGUAUAAUUUUAAGAAAACUUUAUUUAGAGCUUGGUUGGAAAAGAGCUACCAGGAUCAGAGAUCUGAAACAUGUGUAAAACACGAGGGAGACUUUAAUGGAGUAAAAGUCUCAGUUGUGGAAACACCAGGCUGGUUCUCAGACCCAUCACCACCUGACUGGAUCAAAGAGGAAGUUCUCCAUGGUGUCUCCAUGUGUUCUCCUGGACCUCAUAUUUUCCUCUUGGUUGUUCCGAUCUUUAGAGCUUUCAAAGAGAAAGACCUGGAAGCUCUGUUGGAGGUCUUGAUGCCAUUAACAGAGAGAGUGUGGAGACACUGCAUGGUGCUGUUUACCUGGGGAUACUGGCUCAACGAUUGUCCUGUAGAGAACUACAUCGUCAGAGAGGGAAAGGGGAUCCAAGAGCUUUUGGAGAAAUGUGGGAACAGAUACCAUGUUCUAAACCCCAGACACUAUGAUGAUUCUGAUCAAGUCAAAGAGCUGUUUAAAAAAAUCACAGUUAUGGUCAAACAAAACGGGGAAAGCUUUACAUGCAAAACCAAAAAGAAAAUCAGUCAGAAACUUCCUUGGCGAAGAAUACAGAAACAAGAGGAAUGGAGAAAAAGGGAACAGAAGUUGAUAGAAAGAGUGAUGAAAGCUUUAGCAAAGGAAGCAGAAGAACCAACAGGGCCUUUUUCAACAAUAGCACAGAGUAUGGAUGACUUUCACAUUUCAGACCUGGGAGAAGAUGGUUCCUCAGAGUGUGGCAGCUUUUACACGGUUCGGGAAUCAACAAACUCAUGACUACAUUUUUGGAUGGCUGACUAACCGACUGGGACAGUCUGAAAUUAGCUCUGGAAUCGGCAG